AUGGUUGGUGCUACGAUCGCCGUUGCUUGGGCGCUGCUGCUUGUGCGCGCGUGUUUUGCUGCUGGGCCGUUUCUGAAAGAGCUGGAUGCCUCGACGUGGGUUAUUGGGAAUGAUUAUUGGAAUCUGACUCAAGGACGGCAGUAUGCUACCAAGCUGUACUACAAAGAGCACGACUGCGUGGGCGACGCUUGGGGGCAUUAUGUCAGCUACAACGGUGCCCAGAGCGACCUGAACUGGACCUCAGCAGACAUCUACCAGCGCACGGCCGAGUACAUCGACGUGCGCUUCAACGCGACCGAGGGCGAGAUGCACUGGGUCAUCUAUGCCGACCUGGCGGGCGCGUACCAGUACUUUGUGAACCGCGCGCUGCCCGUGUUGGGCGAGUUCAGGACGCUCUGGCGCCUGGACAACACGACGUUCCCGAACGCGCGCACCAACGAGAAAGAUGGCCCGCUGCCGGACCUGACGCUCUAUGCUAAUGCCACUAAGGUCCAGGACGAGACGUGGCAGCUGUCCAGCGGCGAGUACCUCACCAAGUACGACUGGACGACGUUUCUGCGCGAUGUCGACUACUACGGCGUCUAUGGCGAUGAGUUCGGCAGCUGGUAUAUCAACCCCGGCAAGGACUACUUCAACGGCGACCAUUUGAAGCAAGAGCUCAUUGUCCACCGCGAGUCGGCGACCGGCGACGCCGUCCAGCUCAACAUGCUGCACGGGACGCACUUCCAGGCCUCGUCCUCCGACGCCUUCGCCGACGGCAAGCUCUGGGGCCCCUGGCUCUGGUACCUCAACAACGGCUCCAAGCCCGACGCCGCAGCACGCCAAGCCCAGGAAUUCGCGUCCUGGCCGUACUCAUGGUUCUCGCACCCGGGGUACCAGGCCCGCGCGCGCCGCAUACGCGGCACGCUGCGCCUCUCGGACGGGCGGCCCGCGGCGGGCGCGGCCGUGUUUUUAGGUGACAGCAACCCCAAUACGUCGACGCUGGACAUGGGGCGUGGAAGCUACUACACGGCGUACGCGGACGCGGGGGGCGCGUUCGCGUUCGAGCACGUGCGCGCGGGGACGUACGGGCUGCAGGCGUGGGCGAACGGGGGCGCCGUGAUUGGCGAUGUAGCGGGGGCGUAUGUGCGGAACUCGAGCGUCGUUGUUGUCGCGGGCGGCAGCGAGGGCGCCGAGAGCAGUGCUGCUGAUGUUGAUGGUGCCGAGAUUGAGCUGGGCACGCUGACAUGGCGGGUCCCGGGUGGCCGCGAGCGCCUCUUCCUCCUCGGCGACUUCGACCGCAAAGCCCUAGGCUUCAAGCACGGCGGCGCGGCGCGCGCGCACGGCCUCGUCGAGCGCUGUCCUGCUAACUUGACGUUUGUGGUGGGUCGCAGCGCUGCGGACUCGGACUGGUGUUUUGGGCAGUCGGCGCCGGGGGCGUGGGAGAUAACCUUUUUCGUCGGCGAUGGCGGGGGGAACAACACUGCCAACGGCACUGGCACUGCUAUUGCAAGCAACAGCGCCAGAAAAGCGCUGCUGACGGUGUCGCUGGCGGGGUACUCGUCUGGCACGACGGCGGGCGUGUUCGUCAAUGGGGCCCGCGUCGGGAAUCUGACGGAUAUUGCAUCGGAUCCGAGUUUGUAUCGGAGCGCGACGGCGGCGGGGGAGUGGCAUUUGUUUGAGUUUGAGGUGGCGGGGGGCGUGCUGCGUGAGGGGUGGAAUAGGGUCGCGUUUGUGGUGGAGAAGAGUUCGCGCUGGCGCGGCUUUUUGUGGGAUGCCGUGGGUUUGGAGUGGGUGUGA